CAAAAGCCCUUUUGUUCGCAGCUUCGGCCGGGCCUGUGGCUCUGCUUCUUCCAACUCGCUGCGAUAUUUUCUCAUUUUCUCCUGGGCAAUAAUGCUCUCAGACUGGGAGUCGGAUCUAACCGACUUGUCCUCCUCCGACGAGGAGGAAUACGUCCCGCCCUCGCAGAAGAAGAAAACUACAGCCAGGGCUAGGAACACCGGCAAUGACUACAAAGUUACCAAUACUCUACGGCCUCCGCGAACGACUCAGUACACCGCUAAGAGUCUCUUUGAUCAGAUGAUGGAUAACACCAUUGAUCUCGACCCUGAGUAUCAGCGAGAUAUUGUAUGGUCGGACUCUAAGCAGUCGGGGCUGAUCGAUUCGAUUCUCAGAAACUAUUACAUCCCGCCCGUCAUCUUUGCUGUAACUGCCAAAGAAGACGGAUCAGAAAGUCGUACUUGCAUUGAUGGCAAACAGAGGCUGACGUCAAUCGCGAAUUUCUUCAAUGGCGUGAUAUCCCACAGAGAUUCGAAAACAAACACGAGAUAUUGGUACAAGGAUGGACCUGCGCGAGGUGUAAAACGCAAGAUAUUGCCGAAGCAGUACCAACAAGUGUUCGCCAAUAAGCAGAUUACCUGCGUUGAGUAUGAGGGCCUGACGGAUGAUCAGGAAAGGGAGAUUUUCCAGCGUGUGCAACUAGGUGUCGCACUCACGCCUGCAGAACGGCUGCAAGCACUCACUGGGCAUCGAGCGACUCUCAUCAGAGAGAUACAAGUGAAAGUCCUCGGUUCAGAGGGUUUCGGUAGCAACCUCGAAUGGGCCAACGGACGUGGUCGCGACUUCCAGUGUUUAGCAUCUAUAGUCUAUCUGAUUGAGCAACAGUCGCAAACGUUCCCCCACGUAACACAGCUCGAGAAGUGGCUCCAGUCCGUAGGCGCGCUCCCGGUCAAGUUCGAGAGCGACAUCAUGGAGACGUUCCAGGUCUGGGUGACCAUGGUCCGCGACGUACACUUCAACACCCCGUUCUCGAAGCCAACGAGGGUGUCGCCCAUCGAGUUCACCAUCAUAGGCGUCCUAAUACACAAGCAUCGGUCGACUUUGUCCAUGCUCCAGCUUUCCAAUGCUAUUUCGCAGAUGAGGGCGGACGUCCGUUCGCAGCACGUCGACAUCCGUGCUAACAGCAAAGUCACCAAGACCAUGCUCACCUUCAUCAACAAGAAGAUGAAGACGAUCGAUAUUCAGGGCGACGGCAAAGGCGAUAUUUCUGCGACCACUUUUGUGAGGAGUAAAGCAGGCGAGAAUGGUACGGCGACGGGCAAGCGAAAGCGAGCUAUCGUGCCGAGUAGCGAAGAAGAGGAGAGCAGCGACGACGAAGACGACGUCCCGCUUCGUAGGAAGGCCCCGGCCAAGAAGAAGGCUGCCACCACUAGAGCAACAACGACGAAGUCGGCCGUAAGCGCAAAGCCUGCGGUUACGUCGACGUCUAGCAAGACUGCUGCUACAAAGACAACGAUCAAGUUGCCGGCCAGGUCUGCAGUGUCGAAGCCUGCCACACCUGCUAGCACCGCCAAACCUGCAACGAGUGCUAGCAAGGUGACAGUCAAGCAAGUGACUGUGAGCACUUCGGCCAAGUCGGCCAAAACCUCUCCUACCGUCAGCCAGUCCACUAGUACCGUCAAGAAGAAGGAACCCUCAGCUACAACUGCAGUGACUGGGACGCCUACCGCGACUCCAACCAUGCCGUCAAAAGCAGUGCCGGCGGCAGAGGUCACACAGGUCAAGUCAUCUCCGAAUACCACCUCUCCCGCUCCCCUUGCUCUUCCCAGAAGGACGCCUCUUCCGAACGGAAUGGCAGCCAGCGGUAGUCGAUCAGCUUCGGUGUCAGUCAAGACCGAGCCAGGAGUAGAAGCAGCUCUCCAGAGCCCAACCGUGAAUCGUGGCGGAGGUAUUGCGGCUUCGCCUCUUGAUAGACUCGCAGCCAUCCGGGCAGCCAAGGCGAACAUUGGUUCACGGAGCGUUUCGGGACCCGCUGCUGUUCCCGCAGCAGGUCGAUCGGCUCCAGCGGCGGCUAGUUUACCAAGGACUUCCCCUCCGAACAUCCUCGACAAUGUAGCCCCUAUCGUUAAGCAGGAGAGGCCGCAGCUGUCGAAUAUCAACACGAAUGUUGCGGCAAGUAUUCAUCAGCAGCCCCCGGCUGCUCAGCCGGGACCCUCGUCGACAUCGUCUAGCAGGCUUCCCACACCGGCACUCCCGCCUCCCUCCACCGUGGCGAGUUCCGCACGGUCAACGCCUUCUGUGAGCACGCCUACAGGCCUUCCCGCCCCGCCUGUCCACAUUCAGCAGACAACUGGAAAGCAGCCCUCAUUUGACGCUGUGUAUCUCGGGGACCUGUUCAAGGAACAUAGGAUCGGGAUAUAUGCCCAUCAGGCUUUCCCACCUGCCAACCAGCCACAAGCUCAGUUGAACCACCAGCCUACGCUUCCCGCGUCGGCUCCGAAUGGAUCUACCGCGGAGGAUGUGGUUAUGGGGGACGCCACCUCCAGAGCGGCCUCGGUCAUGCCGCAGUUGAGUACAGAGCAGGUGCUCAGCACCAUCCCGCCUCAUGUCCUCAGCGCCAUUCAGCUCGCUCAACAGAGUGCCUCCGCUCCGCCUUUCCCGAAUAACGGGAUGCCCACGGCUCCUCCGGUACAUGCCUUCUCUUCCAUGCCAUCAGUACCCAUGGGAUCUCAGAUCCCCAACGAGGCUCUCAAGCGCAGUCCGUCCACGCCGGCCCCUGCGAUGCCUCCAACAAAGCCGGCUGCCAUGCGGACUCCGCCUCCAAUCCGCCCGCUGGGUCCCCGACCGCCUACGUCUGCUGCGGGUGAGGUGAGUACGAGUACUCAGUUCCACCCUUCUCCGUCAUCGCUCCCGCCGCCUCCGCCUUCUCUUCCACCCCCACCUCCUCCUGGCUUGCCGCCCCCGCCUCCGCCUACAUCCCCGAGCCUCAGUGUCAAAAGCGCUGGCUCAGGCACUAUCUUAGCCCGGCCCAUGUCCGAGCACGACGGAUACAAUGCCGGGAGAAGCGUCUCACCCAGAAGCUCGCUGAGCAGGGGCAGAGCCUGGGGCGAAACGGAUUGGGACAUGGAUCGGAACCGAGACAGGGACGGAGAACGGAGCAGAGAGCGUGGUCGUGAUCGUGACCGGAACGGAGACUCACGUUGGGCGCCGGAGAGGCCCAGGGACCCCAGACGACGAGAUUCGGGUGGUACGCGCAAUUGGGAGCAGGAGAGGACGGAGAGUCGGGAUUGGGGCAUGUCGCGGCGGGGACGGGGGAGGGAAAGAGACAAGGGGUGGCCGCGCCGGUAG